AUGGCUGCUUUCCCCUGUGCCGUGGAGCCUCUGCUGGACACGCCUUCUAGCCUGCCAGCUGUGCAGCUGCAGCUGCGCAUGGUGGAGAGCUCCAUAGCAAGUGCGGAGCACGAUCUAGAGGCCAGUUGGCUGAACACCUGCUUCCCGCAGCCGGCUCCUGGCUUCUAUGUCGAUGAGGAGUUGGGCUUUGCCGGCGCGCCCCAACUUCGACGGUGCUCCGAGGCCUUGGGUGAUUUCCGCGAAGCGCGGCAAAAGCUGCUGCUGCGCCUUGAAGAGCUCCAACCUCCCAAGCAGCAGGCAGAGGAGGCCAAGGCCGCCGAGGACCGCCUGAAGGAACGCGUCCGACGUCUGGAGUUCAAGCUGGCAGAUGCGGAGUCCUGGAACGACAAGAUGAGCGAAGCGAUGCAGAAGCUCUUGCAGACGCAGGCCGGACUGGAGCAGUCCGUGGAGUCUUUGGAGACGCAGUGCGCAGCGCUCCGGCAUCAGACGAGUGCAGCGGAAUCCUGUAAGGAUCAGCUGGAGCGAUGGCUGGGGAGCCAAAGGAUGGCCCAGGAGUCGACGAUCGAGCAGCUGCGAGCAGAGAACGUGAAGUUGCAGAGGGAGAAUGCCGCGCUUGCGGAGCAAGCCCAGCUGCAACAGCGACGUGCUGACAGGCUUCAUGAGGAGAACGACCAACUUCGAGGCCAAGGAGGCUACCCCGAGAUUGCCUCCAAUGCGCUUGCAGCAGACUGCGAUGCUUGCAGUGAUGUUUCCUCGUGGGUUUGUGUCCCCUGCAGUGACCGCAACGUCUUUGCGGCUGGGACGAUGCUGAAGGCCAAGGUCGGACAGGCGUUUGAGUACCUGCAGGCCAAGGACCUACAGAAGGGAGCCCAGAUAUUGGCCUCUGACGAUCAGUCUCUGUUGGAGGUGCUCGACAGCCCAGAAACCCAGAGAUCUGUGGAGCUCAUCGAACUCUCAACGGAAGAUCGGAGACUCGUGGCAAUGCUGCUGCUAGCUUUCUUGUGCGUCGCCCCUUCAGCCGCACUGGAAGUACUGGAUGUGGGUGCACCGCGUACAGGCACUCAGUCUAUGCAUGUCGCAAUGAAUAUUCUUGGCCUCAACACGCUGCAUAGCGGCUAUUCGUUUCUGAAGCGAGCACCAUGGUGCCAGUACGUGUUUGCCAAUGGCUCGCUGGAGGAUGCGAUGGCCACCUUAGAGGGCUACGAUGCUGCGAUGGACGAGCCCUUCCAACUCGUCUACGAGGAGAUUAUGCGGGCCUUCCCGAAGACAAAGUUUGUGUUGACAAUCUCGGACCCGGAACGCUGGUACGAGAGCUAUACUGAGCUGAUUGCGGGUAUGGAAGAGACUAGGAAUCGAACCCACGGCCGUUAUCUCCGAAAUGGCUUUGGCUCUUGGCUCCACAGCGAUGUGAUAACAAGGUGCACGGCUGCGCGUUACUGGGGCUGCGACUUUGCUAACGAGACCGGAGAGGACACGAAAAAGCAGUGUCUGGAGGCUUACCAACAGCACAACGAGCGGGUGCAGCAAGUCAUCCCCGCAGACCGGCUCCUUGUGUACAACUUUACCGACGGCUGGGCACCGCUGGCGCACUUCCUCGGCAAACCCAUCCCGGACGUGGAGAACAUCACGAGCCUGAGCCAUCCGAGCCCGUCUCAUUUCUGCAGGAUGCUUUGCGUUGCGCGGCAGCAGCUACUCCUGUCUGCGCCAGCUGUGGGAGACGCACUGCAGGAGGAAGCCGCCUCUUCAACUGCGCAAGCUUGUUUGGCCGAGACAUUGCAUCCAGGUGAUUGGAUCAAGGUAAACGGCCGCUUCUCUCGACUGACGCGCGUGGAGGUCCGAGCCCUCGCUGAGGAGGCGGAACUGGUCCAGUUUGAUCUGAGCCCAAGCCUCCCAGCAGCUACCUUCUCCCUCGCCUUGAGGGAGAAGGACCCUUUUGUUGCCGCCGUUUGA